UUCUUCCGUUGGAUUUAGCUGCAGACAGUUCACAGAGUAAUAUCAUGGACACUAAAUUAGUAAACAUGUGUGUCAGUAAUAGGGAUAAUAACAGUAAAACGGUGAAAAUGGUGCUAGUGAAUAAAAGUAAAACUUUAGAUCUUGCUGGAUUACCACCCGAUGAACCGGAUCCCGGACUGCCAGACGAUUUGCGUAUACAAGUUAUUUCAGCGACUGUUCAGAAAAUGGAGGAAAAUGAAAAAGUGUUCUUUUCGAAACGUGAUACAUUUUCUUCUUCUCUAAUGAGUAAAUCCGGAUCUUUACCAGUGACUCCUCGGUCUUCACGGCCGUGUUCGAAACAUGAUACCGGUAUAAAUAGAACAAUACAAAACUCUGAAGUGGCUUUAAACCAUAAAAAUAGUGCAAUAUCAAGGAGCUAUUCUAGUCCGAGACAAUAUACUCUUUCCGCUUCCCGGGGAUAUAGAUCCGCUAAUGGUAUAGUUGACAAUCUCAGACCUAGCACACGAUCAAAUCUUCUAUCAAGGGAUGCUUCUUAUUUUGACUAUGAUGUGAAUGAAGAUGUGCCGUUAGAAUCGUUACGAACAUACAAGCCACGGAAGAUCCGUGUCGUACAGACGGACGAUAUCUACGUGCGAGCUUGCUCAUUCCUCGGUAUAACGGCGUCACAGACAUAUAUCAAACAAGUGACAACAACUAGAGAAGUGUGCAUGGCUAACACUUCACUCAGUUACCUCACUAUCAAACCUAUAGCAAUCUCUCUAGUGCGUGAUUAUUAUAUUCAAGUGUUGGACGUAUCAGGCAAUGAUUUAGGACCUCUAGGAGUGAUGUACCUGUCGGAAAUGCUCGUUAUGAACGACUCAAUCAUUGAGCUGAAUAUAUCAAACACCAAUCCGGGAAGACCUGGACUUGAGGCUUUAGCAAAGAAUCUUCCACAAAACAAAACUUUAACUAUUCUGAGAUUAGAAUCAAAUUCAUUGGAUCACACAGAAACCGACUUUCUCGUGCAAAUUAUGAAGAAUGCCCCCACCAUAACAGAACUAUAUCUAGGGCAUAACAAUUUAGGCUACGAAGGUGCUAAACUGUUAGCGCAGGAAUUGGAAGAGAACACUACCUUGCGGACAUUAGAUCUACAAUGGAAUCAUUUCAGAAAACAAAGUGCGUCACAAUUAUGUAAUGCAAUAAAGAUGAACAAAGGUCUACACAUGUUGAAUUUAUCAUGGAAUGGGCUCGGCAAAGAGGGUUGUAUUGCCCUGGCACGAUCCUUGCCUAAGAAUACCAGCCUACAAAAUCUGGAUCUAACUAACAACCGAAUUGACGUGGUAGCACUUCCAUUUCUGCUGCAUGGACUUGUGCGCAACACCUCGAUACAAUCCCUAAAUCUUAGUAAAAAUCCUAUGACAACAGAGGGUGCUAAGGCGGUUGUGCGAGCAAUUACAGGGGCACCUAAACUCAACAUCAAAUAUUUAAAUAUAGACGAUAUUCCAGUGGAUAAAGAUUUCACCAGACUUGUUAAGAAGUUGCAAGAGAAGAAGUAUAUCACCGUGGAGCACGGUGUAGAGAUGUAUAGUGCAAUAGAGCUAGAAAUGAAAGAGCAUGACCCACAUGACUUAAACAGAUUUGAUCCGGUCAUGGUUAUUAUAGAGUACAUGCGUAUUGACAAUCUAAGACUUAUUGAUAUGUUUGGGUAUUUAGACAUUGAUGGGCGUGGGCUAGUGAGCCGGGACAACCUCAGACAGGGUGUAGCGACCCUAGGUUUACCUCUAACAGAAUAUCAUCUAGACUGUAUAAUGCACGACAUAGAUUCGAAGAAGGAUGGCUAUCUCGAUUUAGAAGAGUUUAUGGUAGCUCAAAGAGAUAUGUCAAAAGUUAUUAUCCAACGAACAACAAAGGCAAAGAAAAAAGGCAAGGAGGAUCAAGGACUCAAAGAAUUGCGGAAAAUUCUCAAAGAACUUGUUGAGAAAAGAAACAAACGAAACAAGGAAAAGGCUCAAAGCAAGAUGAAUUCUGCAUUCACUGGUGCCGUCAACAAGGUAAAAGCAAUCAACAAAGAGGAGAAACGCCGAGCUUCUAUCAUUUCGGCUGGUGAAUCAAAUAGCUCAACAGAAACUAAUGAUCAAAACAAUUUAGGUAAAUCAGUAUCAUUGGCAAACAUUUUGCAGAGUUCGGAUAAAUUGUCAACGUUACAGCUACCUUCCCUGCAACGAGAAGACACUUUUGAUAUAGAGACUCUGCCAUUACAUGAACUGGAGAGUAACGAAGAUGGCUUUAAGACAAGCCGGGCACAAUUUGAUAACUUUGUUAUGGAAACUGUUAGAGAAACCACAGAAACGAAUUUUGGAAACGAGAUAAGUUUUGUCGUGUAGCUGAUUCUAAUUUGGUUAUGAUUUGUUGCUGUUUAUUUAUUCAAUAAAAUAUGAUCAUUUUGUUAUAUUCUUUGAUUCUAUUAUAUGUUGUGUAUAAUGAUUUCUGCACCUUCCGGAAUGAUAUUCCUUAAUAGCAAUAAUAAGAAUAUGAAAUAUCACACUAUCUGCUACAUGAAAAUGAUACAUCAUCAAACAUACCUUUGGAAAGAUAACUACAGUCAAGACUUAGGUAGAAUCAUAGACUCUGUAUACAUUAGACAGAGCUCAUUAUUGUGAUCUGAAAUCGAAACGCCAGAGACACUUACCGGUUUUAAUAAAAAAUGAAGCCGUGAAGAACUUUGGCUAAAAACACUUGAUAACAGAAUUUUAUUAACGUGCAACAACAACAACAAAUGAGCCGCGUCAUGACAAAACCAACAUAGUGCGUUUGCGACCAUCAUGGAUCCACACCAGCCUCCGCAUCCGCGCAGUUUGAUCAGGAUCCAUGCAGUUCGCUUACAAACCCUAAUGCAAGUAAAGACUCUGAUAGCAAACAAAAUGGAUCCUGAUCAAACUGCGCGGAUACGCAGGCUGGUCUUGAUCCAUGUGGUCGCACUAUGUGGGUUUUGUCAUGACGCGGCUCAAAAUUUAUUCAGCAUAUCUAUAACUGACAAAAAUACAAACAUACUUACAGUAGUGGUAAGCGUUACUCAAACAAUGUAAUAGGGUUUACAGAGAAAUAUAUUUGUUUAAAAUCAUUCUAUCCCGUGCUUUAAAAAUAUACUAUGCUCAUCUUUGAGUAAAAUAAUUGUAUAGCAAAAUCUUAUUGAAAUGUAUG